AGCUUCUUCAGAGAUGGAAGGACUCAUUUCAUGAGUUGAAAUGCAACCUGAGAAUGAUGACCUAACGUGCAUAAGAAACAAGAAAGAAAAAAAAAUUCUCAAAAACUUUCUUAGCCCUAAAAUGGGAGGAUUUCUGACGUGACCUUGAAGGAUACCCAGGAAGAAUGGAGAGUCCCAUUUCUGACAUUGAGGCCAGUUUUGACCUUGAGGCGUACGAGCCGCCGACAUCGUUAUGGCAGACCGUGGAGGAGUACGUCCCGGCGGGCGAGCUAGAGGAGGUGAAAGGCAUCCUGGGAACGACCUUGGUGGAGCAGUGUAUGGACCUUCAUGCAGAGGUGAGGACGUUGCUAGAGAUCUGGCAGGAUUACCGUGACGACACUGAUCAGCUGAUCCGGACAGGAUCCGGCAGGAGAUCCGGGCUGCGAUCCGGCCAGCUGCCCGAGCCUCCGCGGCAGAGGGAACUCAUCGUGGACGAGAUCAAGUUUCUACUGCAGAACCUGAAGGAACGUGCCAACUCGGAGGGGAGGAAUGUGCAGGACUUGUUGUCUAAACACAACCCUGGGGUGAUCCAGUAUGCUACCAACAAAGCCACUGGCAGCCGACCUGGCACUGGCAGCCGACCUUCGACCUCUGGGAGUCGCCCCUCGUCCGCCCGCAGCAGCAGGAGUGGCAGGGAGACACCCCUCAGGCGUACAGCAACGCCCUCUAGUGAUGAUGACAGGAUGUCCAUCUCCUCAGGUAUGAGUGACCAGAUAGACAGACUACAGGACAACCUGAAUGUGUCACGAAUAGACCAGGUGGUCGAACAUCUCAGACAAACUCUGGAGCAAGAAUGCAGUGUGCUGACACAGGAUAUUGCAUUCUUACAGACAUGUUUGGAGGAUGAGGCAGACUUCAGGAGUAGAGCCAGUACUCCAGCCACAGUCGUGGAGCCUUCUCUAGGGGAGCUGAAGACAGAAAGAAGUUUGCUUGAGAAGGAGCUACAGAACAUCAGCAAUGGAACCAGAACAGGAGCUGCCACAAGGUAAUACAUUAAAGAU